AUGUCGAACAAAACCUAUACGUAUGGUGACCUGCUCGUCACUUUGACCUCGAGCUUUGACGCCAUCUGGAAUGACAAGGGCAGAAGCCUGCGCCCCCUGGGCAGCAUGGCCAUUGAGAGCCACGGAACCCUGCAGGGCAAGCGGGCGGCGCUCUUAAUCGGAGCAAAUUCUAGCAGCAGUUCAAACCCACCCGUCAAAGAACCUACUGCCUAUGAACUGGUUUGGACCGACAAGGGCAGCAAGGCCAACGCAGAUGGCUGGAGCGCACCGUCAACCAGCAAGGUGUGGUGCUUGCGAUCUGACCUUGCAGCCGACGGCCAAUAUGCAACCGAAAGCAUCUGGGACGACCAGAAGUCGAAGGCCGAUGUCGAUGUUUCCAUCUGGGAGGUAAACCCUUAUCCCAAUAGUGUCAAUGGGUCUGAAUUUCUUCCCGUGGUUGCUGGUACCUUCAGAGCUAGUGCCAGAUCCCAUACCAGUCCCCCGGACUUGGGAUAUGCAGUCGUCCCGACCCUCAAAAUCCCCAAAGAUUUCACGGACUUUACCGAUUCAGUACCUAAGGUCUCUGCCAACAACAUCCCGAGCACCGGCACCACUUAA